GCCACAGGAGGUGGGGGGAUGCAGCGGCUUAGGCAGGGCAACUAUCUUGGCGACGUUCCGCGCUUCCUCUCCCCCGGCCAUGAAGGACUACGCUGAGAUCAUCCUCUAUCCUGACACGCUGGAUCGGAGCAAGGAAAAUGCCAGCUCUCCUCUAUCCCUGCCGCGCUUUUUGCUGACUGAGUUUUCCAACCCCGUCUUCGAGGUGGAGGCCGAGGCACCGUCUCUGAGUCGUCCAGCUGGGGAGGACAGAAGCAGUGUCAAGCUGACCGCCAACGGCUUUGCUCAACAGGUCCGGGACGUGGCCAGCAGGAAGUUCAAGCCGGACUGCCAAUUCUCCUGGUUCUGCGUGGCCAUCCUCAGCAUGGUACUCCUGGUACUUCUGGCCUUGAUGGUGGGCAUCGUCGUCCUCUCCAAGCUGAAAUCCUCUCACCGGUCCAGACUCGCACCUGGGGCAUCUUUCGCUCUCCCCAUCUCCAACGCUACCUCAGCUCCCUCCCUGGACUCCACUGCUGCAUUGUCCCAAGGAAACCCACCCCAAGUCAUGACACUGGCACCUUCAUGUGGGGGAAUCCUGCAGGGCCCCAAGGGCUUCUUCAGCUCCCCCAAUUACCCUGCCCCCUACCCCCCCAAUAUCCUGUGCACAUGGCAUAUCCAAGGGACGCAGGGGACCCUGAUCCAGCUGAAAGUGGAGACGCUGGACAUAGAAAAUUCUGUCUCCUGCUUAUAUGACCGGCUGGAGAUAUACAGUGAGCAGGAUUCUGCCUCUUUACCGGACGGGACUUCAAGGUUCUGUGGCCAAGAGGCCCCUGCAACUAUCAACACCAACUCUAGCUGGGUGCAGGUCACCUUCAUCUCCCACGGCAUCACAACGGCCUCAGGCUUCACAGCCUGGUAUCGAGCUGUGGCACCAAAUGAAAAGAACUGUUCCUGGGGUGAACUUCUCUGUGACAGCGGACUCUGCCUCCUCCCGGCCUUGGUGUGCGACGGUCUCUACAACUGCAUUGACAGGAGCGACGAAGCCAACUGCAGCAAACACAAUGAAUGUGGCGGGACCCUGACUAGCUUGGAAGGCCGGUUCUUCAGCCCCAAUCACCCGCAACAGUACCCAAACUUGCAGCUCUGCCACUGGCAUAUCUCGGUGCCCGUGGGCCACGUGAUCGACCUGCAGUUCCACAACUUCAGCCUGGAGCCGCAGAAGGACUGCAUAUUUGACUUUGUGGAAGUGUUCGACAGUGCGGGAAUGGGACGAGCCAGCGUCAUAGGCAGAUUCUGCGGCUCAGAGAUACCGCCAGUUCUGACCUCCUCGCAACAUGUCAUGACGGUCCUGUUUGUGACAGAUGAAGGAAUGGUGGAUGAUGGGUUUUUUGCCACCUACCGUGCCCACAAUGCCACGGAAAAAACAUGCAGUCCCUCCGAGUUCACCUGCGGGAACGGUGAGUGCCAGGCGCUGGAGCUGGUGUGUGACGGCUGGCGCGACUGCCCGGACGGAAGCGAUGAAUACAACUGCAGCGGCCUCGCCUACCCAUCCAUCGAGUCCACCUGUGAGCCAAUCAUGGUGGAGAUGUGUCUGGACCUCAGCUACAACACCACCUCCUUCCCCAACAUCUGGCUGACCAUCGCAGAUCAGCAGGGGGCUGCCGAAGUGCUCCAGGAUUACCAGGUGCUGGAGGACCUCUCCUGCUACCCGUACCUGCGUUCCCUAAUCUGCAGCCUCUUUGUGCCCAAAUGUACCCCUGACGGGGGCAUCCUCCAGCUGUGCCGCUCCGUCUGCCUGGAAGCGGAACUGUACUGCCAGCAAUCCCUCAGCCUACUGGGCAUCCCGUGGCCUUUGAACUGUAACAUCCUGCCCAAUUCCGACAACCCUUUGGAGUGCUUCACGCCAUGA